AUGACGAGGAAUGAGGCCGGCUCCCGCUUCAGCUCUCUCACGAGCACCAGUACCGACAGCACCCGAUCAUCGGCCACCGUGAGACCCUCCAGCAACCCCAUCCCAGCAUCGCGCAAGUCGUCCAUGCGCCUCAAGACGGAGGGCAAUGGCGCUGGCGCUGGCACUGGCAUUGGCAAUAGCAAUGGAUCCCUCGCAGACAACCUCAUCCGCACUCUCAUCGUACCUCGCACGUUCCCUGCCUCUCUCUGCCCUGCCCUGCAGCCUGCCUUACCUCACCCCUCCCCGUCCGUCCCCCCCGUCCCCCAUCGCCUCCUCCUCCUCCGCCCCGGCCCCAGGCAAGCUUUGUCGUCGUCGCUUCAAUGGUGGAGCUAUCUGCUGUUUUCGAUCCCCUCCAGUCCAGCCCAGUUAUAG